UGCUCCUCCUCCAUGCUGUGUCCGAAGCGGUGCACCUGCCAGAACCUGCUGCCGUCCUACACGGUGCUGUGCGCCAAGACCGGCCUCCUCUUCGUCCCGCCCAACAUCGACCGGCAGACGGCCGAGCUCAGGCUGAUGGACAACUUCAUCACGACGCUGAGGCACCGCGACUUCGCCAACAUGUCCAGCCUGAUCCACCUGACCCUGAGCAGAAACACCAUCAGUCAGAUCCGGCCGUACGCCUUCGCCGACCUCCAGGAUCUGCACGCUCUCCACCUGGACGCCAACCGCCUCACCGUCCUGGAUGACUCCCACUUCCAGGGCCUGGUGAACCUGAGGCACCUCAUCCUGGCCAACAACCAGCUGCACAGCAUAUCAGAGGGGGCCUUUCAGGACUUCCUGGAGACUCUGGAGGACUUGGAUUUGAGCUACAACAACUUGGUGGACAUUCCCUGGGAGACCAUCGCCCUGCUGGUCAGCGUCAACACCCUCAGCCUCGACCACAACCUCAUAGAGAGCGUCCCCGAGGGAAUCUUCUCCAACCUGCACAAGCUGGCCAGACUGGACAUGACCUCCAACAAGCUGAAGAAGAUUCCUCCAGACCCGCUGUUCCUGCGGAUUCCGGUGUACGCUAAGAUGAAGGGCUCUCCUCUCACGGCGCUGGUCUUGAGUUUUGGAGGGAACCCCCUGCACUGUAACUGUGAGCUGGUCUGGCUUCGCAGACUGACCAGAGAGGACGACCUGGAGACCUGUGCUUCACCGAAAGACCUGGCCGGCAAAUACUUCUGGACCAUUCGAGAGGAGGAGUUUGUCUGCGAGCCGCCGAUGAUCACUCGUCACACCUCCAAGAUGUUUGUGAUGGAGGGUCAGGAGGUCAGCCUGCGCUGUAAGUCCAUCGGGGACCCCGAGCCUUCGACACACUGGGUCAGCCCGGAUGGGAAGCUGAUCGGCAACACGUCCAGAACCGUCUGCUACGAGAACGGCUCGCUGGACAUCCUCAAGGCCUCCGUCAAGGAUUCUGGAAAGUUCACGUGCAUAGCGUCUAAUGCGGCCGGCGAGGCCACCGCCCCCGUUGAGCUAGUCGUCAACCCUUCGCCACACUUUGACCCGAAGCUGGACCCCGACCCGGGGCCUUCGGACAUCCCCACAUCCAUCAAGUCCAACGUCAGCGGGGGCCAGGCGCGGUCCGACCAGCAGAGGGUCAGCGUGUCGGACCUGACCUCCAGUUCUGCCACCAUCAGAUGGCCCCCCCAGAACCACAUACCAGGAGUCCGCAUGUACCAGAUCCAGUACAACAGCUCUUCAGACGACAUACUCAUAUACAGGAUGAUCCCGGCCAACCACAAGUACUUCCUGCUGAGCGACCUGGCCUCGUCGCGGGACUACGAGCUGUGUGUCUUGGCGGUCUACGACGACGGCAUCACCGCCCUGACGGGCACCAAGCUGGUGGGCUGCGUGUCCUUCAGCACGGAGACGGAGUACGGCCGCUGUCACUCUAUACGAGACCAGUUCCUGGGAGGCACCAUGAUCAUCAUCAUCGGGGGGAUCAUCGUGGCCUCUGUCCUGGUCUUCAUCUUCAUCCUCCUGAUGAAGUACAAGCUGCACAGCAACCACUACAAGCAGAAGGCCGCCGCCCGCCACGCCAACGUCUGCUCCCAGACCAACGGAGGAGGAGGAGGCGGAGCCAACGUGCUCGCUCUGCCUCCGUCCUCCUCCUCUGCAGGGCAGGGUGGAGGCGCUAAUAAAAACUCCCAGCCGUCAUCGUCAGCAGAGGGGAUGGGAGCAGCUUCUCUUCGAGGGACGACUGUAGUGGACUUGAAUCCCACCCACGACGAUGACGCCAUCUCCCAAUAA